CCAUUCAUUUGUUAGUAGCUUUUGCCGCUUCCUUGGCGCGAGCCUCCGGCGCGGCCUGGUCUGAGGCCUCCGCACCGGGCUCAAUUUUUUUCUCUUUUUUUCUCCGGCCGUUUGCUUCCCGCGGUCUCGGCUGCCGCCAUGAAGCUCGUGAGGUUUCUGAUGAAGCUGAGCCACGAGACUGUCACCAUCGAACUGAAGAAUGGCACGCAGGUGCAUGGCACCAUCACAGGAGUGGAUGUCAGUAUGAAUACACAUCUUAAAGCUGUGAAAAUGACACUGAAGAACAGAGAGCCUGUACAGUUGGAGACAUUGAGUAUUCGAGGAAAUAAUAUUCGAUACUUCAUUCUGCCAGACAGUUUACCUCUGGACACCUUGCUGGUGGAUGUUGAGCCAAAGGUCAAAUCCAAAAAAAGAGAAGCAGUUGCAGGAAGAGGCCGUGGCAGAGGUCGGGGUAGAGGCCGAGGCCGUGGCAGAGGAAGAGGUGGUCCCAGGCGAUAAAUUCCAGAAUCGUUUGGAAUGUGGUAACAGGGCCUGUUCUAAAGAAAGUUUUUUUGUACAGCUUUUGUUUGCAAUGUCAAUUUUUAAUAAACACAACUGUGGAAAAAGAUGUUUCUUUUUUUGUCAGCUAGGCUCCUAUGGAGUUUUGUAUUCCUAGGAGUCUGAUGGUUUAGUUCCCGAUGCCCAAGCAUGCCAUUUUGAUGUUCGGUCAAGAAAUGGACUUUUUUUGCUAGCAUAUGCUGUAAUUUCACCCUUUGCAUAUCUACUGGGUAAGUUGCUUGUUGAUAUGUUGUAAUGAUGCUCAAUCAAAAUGAGCCCCUAGUUUUCUUUAUAAAACUUCAUCAUAGUUAUGGAGCUUCACUAAAAUAUGGUAAGAAUUAAUACUCCUAAGUAUUUGUUCAACAAUGAACGUCAAAGUUGACUAUGAAAAGUGUAGAUAGAAUUAUAUUUUCUGCUAAUUGAACUUAAAUUUUACUUCUUUCAUCUUCCUUCAGAGAUAGAAAUGAAUCGGGUCUGUAGAACCCAAGGAUUGUGGCAUCUUGUGAUUAAAAUUAAAUGUUAUCCUUGCA